AAAAAAGAGAGAGGAUACUUCUAUUAGGGUUUGCGAAGAAGAAAAAAAGAGGAGAAGCAUUGCAGCAAUGGAAGGACUCACAGAGGGAAUGAACAACAUGGCAGUUACUGAACCACAAAAGAAGAACAGAAUUCAAGUCUCCAACACCAAAAGAUCCCUCUUCUUCUACGUUAACCUUGCCAAGAGGUAUAUGCAGCAGUACAAUGAAGUGGAACUCUCUGCUCUUGGAAUGGCUAUUUCAACUGUGGUGACAGUUGCUGAAAUUCUAAAGAAUAAUGGAUUUGCUGUUGAGAAGAAGAUCAGGACACUUACUGUGGACAUGAGGGAUGAGCCCGGAGCACGGCCAAUACCAAAAGCCAAGAUUGAAGUAGUGAUGGGAAAGACAGAGAAGUUUGAUGAGUUGAUGGCUGCUGAAGCAGAGCAAAAUGGGGACAACGAGGAGUAAAGCUGAAGCCCUUUGAUUCUUUCUUAAGUGCUUUUAGUAAUCCAUGCAACUGCUUUCUUGGGGGAACUGUUAUUGGUACUCGUGGCCUAUGACUUUUCGGUUGCAUUCAGUAGUUUAACCCGCUACCGCAUUCAUAAUUUGUAAAAAGAAAAACCGGGCUUUUUCAAUUUUCUUAAUUUGUGGAUGUGUUAUAUUUGUCAGCUUUGCUUAUUUGUCCUUAAUGUGGGAUAAAUUUCUUCUUUAGAUUUUAUCUCCUCAACUUAUA